AUGAUGAAGGGGAGUGUGAACUUAAUAUUCUUUGUUUUUACAAAAGCGCAAAAUUUAUCGCCAGAGAAUUGCGGGCAUUCUGCCUCUUGCUUUUCGACUACUUCAGAAUGCGAUCUGAAAGAUGACGGAAAUUCUUGUGUCACGAGUUUAUGGAAGUCAGUCACAUAUGAGGGGAAGCCAGCUGUGAAUCUGACGAUAUACUCGAGCUCAAUGUCUGAAAAGGAGGGGAACUGGGCGGGCUUAGGCUUCAGUGAAGCAGACGAUAUGGCCAUUGCAGAUUUAUUCAUUUGCAAAAGGAUUGGAAAUGAUACAAAGCUUUUUCAGGACUGGAAUCAUAGAGGAAUUACAAAGCUUCAUAUUCUCUUGAGUUCUUCAAAAGCAUAUUCAUAUCAAAAUGGCCGACCUGUCGAAUAUAUUAACUACUCGGGCAUCUUUCCAGAAACCGUUGAAACUUCACUUCUCGAUCCAAAGAAUUCAACUGUCGGCUUUUGGUGCUCAUUUACCAUGUCGUCAAAUCAUACCAAAAGCUCCAGUACUAAUAGCAGCACAGUUUUCAUUUACGAUAAAAACUCGAUAUAUCAUUUGAUCGAAGCCUAUGGGCAAUUGACGUCUUGGGAUCUAACUUUUCAUGACGGAACUGCAGCUGCUGGAGACGAAGUUCACGGCUUUUACGUAGACGAGAUUCAUAAAGAAUACAAAAUUCCAUCAGAAACGAAGAACACCAAACUGUUCAAGUCACAUGGAAGCCUCAUGAUCAUCGCGUGGGGUUUUUUCAUUCCUGUCGGAGCUCUGCUAGCUGCUGCACGGGUCUUAUUCCAAAAAGGAGGACUCUGGUUCCAUCUUCAUCGUGCAUUCAUGAUCAUUGGAGUUUUGUUAAAUAUUGCUGGAUUUACUGUAAUUUUCAUCGAAAAAGGUGGCUUCGUCUCGCCGAGCUAUACUUUAGGAUACGUUCAUGGAAUAUUCGGCUGCAUGAUCAUGUUUUACUCUGGAAUCAAUGUUCUUCUUGGGCUUUUUCGACCAGAUCUUGAGUCGCCCAGGAGAAAAAAAUGGCGACGAACUCAUUUCAUCUAUGCUGGACUUGCUAUUCUUCUUUCUAAUACGAACAUAACUACAGGGCUUUACAUGGUAUCCCUGAAGUCCUCUGCCAUUGCUUUUGGAGUGCUCAGCGGAGUAGCUAUGCUUUUUAUUCCCCUGUUUCAUUUUUGGCUUUCUUCUGACGAUUUACCAAUGCCGAUUCACCACCUUGUUCUGUCGGGCGUACUCGCCAUUCUGCUCGCGAAUACCGUCGCUGCAGCAACAACGUUCCUUUUGAACACUUGA